AUGCCUUCGCCGAUGCGUUCCCUCUUCAUCGUUUCUGUCUCUUGUGUCAUCGUUUUCAUCGUGUUUUGCGUGUUCAACUUUAGGGGAGAGCAAGGCUUCCAGAAGCUAAGUAACUCAGACACUUGGAUGCUGACUCAAGUUUGCACAUCCCUUAUUAAAGACAAAACACCAUUACUCUGGAGAAACAAACUGAUGAUGUAUGGGAAGUCUUCCUGCAAGGCGUCCGUGACCCAAAGCCACUACAUCACGGAGCCCUUAUCCAAGGAAGAAGCCGAGUUUCCUUUGGCAUAUAUCAUGGUCAUCCAUCACAACUUCGACACCUUUGCAAGGCUCUUCAGGGCUGUUUACAUGCCUCAGAACGUCUACUGUGUACAUGUGGAUGAGAAAGGGACAGUUGAGUUUAAAGACUCAGUGGAGCAGUUACUGAGCUGCUUCCCAAAUGCUUUUCUGGCUUCCAAGAUGGAGCCCGUGGUCUAUGGUGGGAUUUCCAGGCUCCAGGCUGACCUGAACUGCAUCAAAGAUCUUGCAGCCUCGGAGGUUCCAUGGAAAUACGCCCUCAACACCUGUGGGCAAGAUUUCCCCCUGAAAACCAACAGGGAAAUCGUUCAGUAUCUGAAGGGAUUUAAAGGGAAAAACAUCACCCCCGGGGUGCUGCCCCCCGCUCACGCAAUUGGGCGGACUAAGUAUGUCCACCGAGAGCACCUAGGCAAGGAGCUCUCCUAUGUGGUGAGGACCACAGCCUUGAAGCCGCCUCCUCCUCACAACCUAACCAUCUACUUUGGCUCUGCCUAUGUGGCCCUGUCCAGAGAGUUUACCAACUUUGUCCUCCACGACCCACGGGCCCUUGACUUGCUCCAGUGGUCCAAAGACACAUUCAGUCCGGAUGAACAUUACUGGGUGACGCUCAAUAGGAUUCCAGGUGUUCCUGGCUCCAUGCCAAAUGCAUCAUGGGCCGGUGACCUCAGAGCUGUGAAGUGGUUUGACAUGGAAGAUAAACACGGAGGCUGCCACGGCCACUAUGUCCACGGCAUUUGUAUCUAUGGAAACGGAGACUUAAAGUGGUUGAUUAAUUCGUCAAGCCUCUUUGCGAACAAGUUUGAGCUCACUGCGUACCCCCUCACUGUGGAAUGCCUGGAACUGAGGCUUCGAGAAAGAACCCUGAAUCAGAGUGAAAUUGCGAUACAGCCCAGCUGGUAUUUCUGA